CCACCUCCCCUCCCAAUCCAAUUCAACCCAAUCACCACCAAAAAUGCGUCUCACCUCCAUCCUCGUCGCAGCUCUAAGCUCCCUCGCCGCCGCCGCCGAGCUCGGCAUCGAAACAACCCACGCAGUCGAAUGCACCCGCAAGACCGUCAAGGGCGACGGUGUCUCCAUGCACUACCGCGGAACCCUACAAUCCGACGGCUCGGAAUUCGACUCCAGCUAUAAUCGCCAUGCGCCAUUGACUUUCAAGCUUGGUACUGGUCGUGUUAUUAAGGGAUGGGACCAGGGCUUGUUGGAUAUGUGCAUUGGUGAGAAGCGCACGCUGACUAUUCCCCCCGAGUACGGCUACGGCGACCGUGGUAUUGGCCCUAUCCCCGGUGGUGCGACAUUGGUCUUUGAGACUGAGUUGGUUGCUAUUGAGGGUGUUGAUAAGGACGAGCUGUAAAGGGCACUAUCUGCUGCUACCUUGUUAAUACCUUGACAUUUAAUGUUAUUGGAUGAGAUUAUUUAUUUAUACUUCCUCAGAGAAUGUAUGCC